AGAGGCACUAUAUAAAUGUAAGUUGUAUGUGUGGUCUGUGGAAAGAGUAGACUUGAAGUGGUGAAUAGCUUUUUUUGUUCCAGGCCUUCUUAUGUUCUUAUGCUAUCCAGGUGUGCAUGUGGAACAUUAUAGUAUCUGAUGCCUCAAAUCUCUCUCCUGUUUCAGAUUGAAAUGCUGGAACACAAAUAUGGGGGUCACUUGGUCUCUCGCCGAGCUGCCUGCACCAUCCAGACAGCAUUCCGUCAAUACCAGCUCAGCAAGAACUUUGAAAAGAUUCGGAAUUCCUUGCUGGAAAGCCGAAUGCCCAGGCGAAUAUCUCUGCGGAAGGUCAGGUUACAGAAUGCGGAGAGCCUCAUGGAAGGCUAUAACUUUGCGGGAAUUCCCCUGGUUCGUUCUCCGUCCUUGCCCGCCAGCAUUAGUGGCGCCCUGACUGAACUGGAGGACUCCUUCACAGAGCAGGUCAAGUCCCUGGCCAAGUCCAUCGAUGACGCUCUCAGCUCCUGGAGCUUGAAAACCAUGUGCUCACUGCAAGACGGCAGCACGUACCAAUUCACAGAGGCAUUCAGCAGCACUUCGAUGCAGGAGUGUCCCGGUGGGGAAUCGGGGAAAUUGGGAGCUGAGGGACUGGAAAGGACCGCUGGGAAACAGGACGAUGGGCUCCCACAGAGCGGGAGUACCCUCAUGAUGGCUUUCAGAGAUGUAACUUUUCACAUCGAAAACAAGAACUUGUCGGUUUCUUCAUUGCUAGAGUCUGCCUCAGUCGCCAUGGCAAACUGUCAGAACACCCAGUCAGAAUCAAGCCAGAGCCCUCCAAAGGCCGAUCCCAACCAAUUGGAAGAGGCAGACAAAGUGUCCGAAAAUACUUCCUCGGAGCAGGAGAAGAUGAUCACGCAAAACAGCCACGCUUUCACAGAACUCAAUGUCAAUGUCAGCUCAAACGGACUUGAGGGAGAGAUGAUAGAACAGGGACAGAUGACCGUCCAGAAGAUCCAAAUUGAUCAAAACAAUGGGAUUGUGGCAGCCAACCAGGUGGAAACCAACCGCUUGGAUAAUGCAGAGCAUCUCAGCAGCAGCAGCACUUCCAUCUCCGCCAAGUCCCCGUCAGAGAUUUCUUCGAAGGAAGCACUGCAGACCAUGAUUCUGAGUAUGCCCAGGUACCACUGCGAGAACCCCAGCAGCUGCAAAUCACCCACAUUCUCCACUGACAUCAUCCGCAAACGCCUUUAUCGGAUCGGCCUCAACCUGUUUAAUGUAAAUCCUGACAAAGGAAUUCAAUUUCUAAUCGCCCGUGGAUUCAUCCCCGACACAGCGAUUGGAGUGGCACACUUCCUGCUGCAGCGCAAAGGCCUGAGCCGCCAGAUGAUAGGAGAAUUUCUAGGCAACAGCAAGAAGCAAUUCAACAGAGAUGUUCUGGAUUGUGUUGUUGAUGAAAUGGAUUUUUCUAGCAUGGAGUUGGAUGAGGCACUGCGGAAGUUCCAGGCUCAUAUUCGAGUGCAAGGAGAGGCACAGAAGGUUGAACGGCUCAUUGAGGCAUUUAGUCAGCGCUAUUGCAUGUGCAAUCCAGAAGUUGUCCAGCAGUUUCAUAAUCCUGACACAAUCUUUAUCCUGGCCUUCGCUAUUAUCUUGCUCAACACAGACAUGUACAGUCCCAAUAUCAAACCCGAUCGCAAAAUGAUGUUGGAAGAUUUCAUUCGCAAUUUACGAGGCGUGGACGAUGGAGCAGACAUUCCUCGAGAGAUGGUUGUUGGCAUUUACGAACGAAUCCAGCAGAAGGAAUUAAAAUCGAAUGAAGAUCAUGUGACAUAUGUAACCAAAGUAGAAAAAUCAAUAGUGGGGAUGAAAGCAGCUCUGUCUGUCCCCCACCGGCGCCUGGUCUGCUGCAGCCGACUCUAUGAGGUCAUGGACAUUAACAAAGCACAAAAGCAGGCAGCUCAUCAGCGGGAGGUCUUUCUGUUCAAUGACCUGGUUUUGAUACUGAAACUUUGUGCAAAGAAAAAGAGCUCUGCCACUUACAGUUUCUGCAAGUCCAUUGGCCUCCUGGGAAUGCAGAUUCAUCUCUUUGAUACUGAGUUUUAUCCACAUGGGAUCACCCUAGUCUCAUCUGUUUCUGGCUCUGAGAAGAAGCAGGUGCUAAGUUUCUGUGCACAAAGUUCUGAAGAGGCCCAGAAGUUCAUCGAAGAAUUGAAGGAAUCAAUAGCAGAGGUGACCGAGAUGGAGCAGAUUAGAAUUGAGUGGGAACUGGAAAAGCAACAGGGGGCAAAGACCCCUUCUGCAAAGAAUAACGGAGCUCAGCUUAACAUCCGAACACAAGUAUUUCCAUCAGGUGUCGAUUCACAACAGGCUUCAAGCCUACCAGCACAACUCACCGAGGAACCAGGAAUGCGCAGUGCAGCAAAGCAGCCUCCUUAACAUCAAGCAGGAAAACUCGGCAGUGACAGGAGCAGUGGAACAUCUUCCUGAAACGCUUCUCCAGU